AUGCGCGUUACCUCUGUUCUUCUCUCCCUCGCCGCCCUCGCCCCCCUCGCCUUUGCCCAGGACAACGCCGGCGGCGAGGCUGCUCCCGCUCCCGCCGCUGAGGGCGGUGACGCCGGUGCCCAGGCCGGCUCUGGCGGCGAGGCUGCCCACAAGACCGGCUCGGCUGUCGGUGCCCACUCGUCUAACACCGGCCACGGCGGUGGUACCGGCAACCAGGACUGGGUCCUUUCCACCUUCGACGUCCCCAACCGCAACUACUACUGGGUCAACGAGGUCAACAACACCGCGACCUGGACUCCCGUCAACGUCACGACCAACCUCGCCAUCUACAACUCGAACUCGUCGGUUCUUGACGGCAACAAGGAGAUUGCCGCUGGCAUCCCGGCCGGUGUCGGCUCCUGGACUGGUCUUGUUUCCGGCUUCGCCCCCGGCAACAACUACAUCAUGAUUCUGACGCUCGGUGACCAGCCCGACCGCAAGAUCGCCCAGACUGAGGGUUUCUGGAUCAAGUCGAAGGGCACCAUCCCCGAGGCCUCUGUCACCGGCGCCGGUAACUCGAUCGCCGGAACUCUUGCUGUCGGCUCGGCCACCAACGCUCCCUCCGCUACCGCUGCCAACGACGCUGCUGCCGCCGCCUCCUCGAGCGCCUCCCCCUCGGGUGGCCAGGCUCAGGAGAACAAGGACGGCCAGACGACCGCCGCCCAGGGCGACAAGAACUCGGCCGGCAAGGCUUCCGCUGGCCUCUUCGCCGUCGCUGCCGCCGGUGCCGUCGCUCUCGCCUUCUAA